ACUCGGUCCUCUAUUGUCUAUUCCAUUUCGGAUCAUGUUUCUAUUCCAUUUUUAACCCGCUUCAUAUCGCAAUCCGGGUCUUCACCGACGACGACACCACCCACCGCUUCCGUCCUCCUCCGUGGCCACUACUCAGCCGUCUAAAAAUCCUCUCCGGCUUACAUAACCAGUCACAGAUAAGAAACCACUCCCUUACAUGCUCACAUUCGAUUCAUAACCUAAUUGAAUGUUGCCGAUAAACCCUAAUCCCAUAUUCACCAAACCCCCAACUACCACCUACCUAACACCUCCCCCAACCCUCCUCCGCACCCGCGCUGCCUCCGAUAACCUCAAUUGGUCCUUCAGUUUCUCCGCCGCAGCUGACUCCACCGGAAAACUCAAUAAAAAUGACUUCGUUAGCCCUCCAACGGCUGUGGAGAAGAAGCGUACUCGUAACCUAGGUAACGAUAGUAAUUAUAGUAGUACUACCAAAGUUAAUGCGAAGGAGAGAUGGUCGCGUGAUCGUGAGAGUUACUUGACUGAUGACGACGACCCGCUGCCUCUCCCGAUGACGUAUCCAGACACAUCACCUGUGUCGCCUGAUGUUAUCGAUCGGAGGCUACGCUGCGAUCCAUUGAUUGAGGAUUGUAAGGAAGUAGUUUACGAAUGGACUGGAAGAUGUAGAAGUUGUCAAGGAUCAGGAUACGCGAGUUAUUACAACAAAAGGGGUAGGGAAGUCACCUGCAAAUGUAUACCAUGCCAAGGAAUAGGUUAUGUCCAGAAGAUCACAGCACGCAAGGAUAUUGAUGUAAUGGAAGAUUUGGAGAAUGGAAAACCACCUUGACACCACCCACAAAAGUUUAUAUAGUUAUUGUUUUAUAAUUCAGGUUUUGUUGUAAUUCUUGUUAAUUUAUGGUGUACUUACAGAUGGUGAUAGAAUAGAAUGAGAACAUACAUUUGUUUCGAAAUUAUUUAAACAAUAAAUUAUUUUUUAUAGGCUUUUAAUGU